CCAGGAUUUCAAUGGAUGGUCUAUGAUUCCCUGAGCACUAUGCUUCUCAUGGGGCUGAAGAGUACAAGCGCGCGAUGAAACAAGCAGACCUUCAAAGACCAUGUGUGUCGGAACCGUCAUAAAUUUCAGUGGUGUAAUCUAUUUCUUCCAAUUCAGAAUAGCGAAAUCCUUUUCCCUCGACCUACGCGGGUUGCUGUCCACCUAUGCAUUGUCGGGCGACUUGGCAGAUAUUGAACAAUUCCGUAGAAAGCUGUCACCAACAUCCAAUCUCAGCUCGGAGAGACACCUGCUUUCCACGUUCAAAUCGGCUUCUUACCAUGACUAUGACCCAACCGGGCGUGUUGACAUAUUCUCUGAUGCCGCUGACCAACUUAUCACAUCAGCAAUCGAUCACACAACGUCUUGGUCAGUAACAAUACUCCUUGCGGAAGUCGCCACAUUUCAAAUGGAGUUCAAGUACUUCGCACGUCUUACUGGACGAAAGGAGUAUUUAAUUCUUUAGACCAGAUAAUGACACCGGCCGUCUGCAGGAGACGAAGGAUGGGUUGUAGAGUAUAUUUUGGGGUGGAAAUCGGUAUUCGCUUGGUCGUAAGUCUGUUAUAUGCGCAUUUAUGACCAACCGGUACGUUUAAGGACAAGU